CUGUGAACCGGGCCUAGGCUGGUUCCUUUUCUUGUUCUACUCUGUUUUAACUAGUGACUUUAAUAAAGCCUUCGCCUGGCGAAAAAACGAAACGCCGAACGAGAGAACCAAUCUCCAUUCAAAUCUCAGCAGUUUAGUGUUUUCUUGCUUAUCAGCGGAAAUACAUGAGUGACAGAAUAUACCUGAAGACCUUUCAGGAACAAGUGGGUGCCUCUGGAAAAUUCGGCAUGUUCGUGAUCUAACAAUACACAUCUGUUUAGACACAAAGCUCAACUUUUAGAACUGCCUCUUAGUUCUUAAGGGUGCGGUCUGGAUUAAGGAAGACGGAGAGGGCAAACCAGAAACUUAAAAACGCGACAUUUUAAUGAUUUGAAAGCAGGUUUGUGGACUCGUUGCAUGCCGAGUGAAAGGUGCACAUCCUAAUCUUUCAGAAAUAUUAACAUAACAUUUCCCUGCGGGGCUGCGUUACAGGACACAGCAAAACUGAUUUUAACCUGCAAGGUUCUUCUGAUCAGCUCAGACCAUGCUUAAGGUAACAGAAGAGGAAAAGAAAAUAAACUGUGUGCUGAAAACCAGCCCCUCAAAAAAGGAAAAAGAAUAAAUAAAUAAAUGAAGAUUAAAGGUUAAAGACAGUGUGCUGGAAAUGUGCACGGCUGUUGUAUUAGAUUGCACAGGUGCACCCAAUAAAGUCAUAACUACAUCCCAAAUACAAACAACCUAAUGGGCACACAGUGGUCGAUGCCAAGUAAAGGAAAACCGCAGGAGAGUAGUCUGAUGUGGAGCAGCCAUUCAUUAAAUUAACUCCACAAAAUAUUGCAGAAUCUGUGAUAGAGGAAACAUUUUAAUACAGCUGAUUUUAAGAAAUGACCUUCUUGUUUCUGGAAAUGUCAGCGGUUCCUGCAGCAGUGUGGUGGAACAGAGAGCAGCUGCCUGCUGUGGAGGCUCUGUGGGCGUCGGCACUGACGUCUGCUCUGCCGCACCUGGAGGACCAGCACUGGGACCUGGUUCCUGAUCUUCCACAUCCAUCCACAGCGAGACCCACGGCACCGCAGUUAGAUGACCAGCGCCGGUGUGACCUCAGUGAAGAGGUCGCUGCCUUCCCUGAACCCUGUCCACCUUCUCAGAGGACUUCAUCGAGUCCCGAUCUUCUCAGGUUCAGCUCCUCCCAGCGGGACCUCUCAGUACAGACCAAACCUGAGCCUGAACCAGACCCACCUGACAGACAGCUGUCCUCUCACAGCAGGCAAAGUCAUGAUGGCGGGACAACGUCCCUUCAAGCCCUCACCAAAAGACCGCGGCUGUCCCUCCGCAGCUGGGAGGAGGCGGCAUCAUCAGCAGGAUCCUCGAGCGUUGGGGGAGAAGAGGGGAGGAAAGGGGGAGAGCGAGAAGAAGACACCAGUUCAGCCAACACACCGCUUCUCACAAACCAGGUGAGGGUGUCUGACAGCCGAGUUUCUCUGCAGGAGGAGGAGGUGGUGGAGGAUCGAGAGCAAGAGGAGGUGCAGAGGAGUGUCAGAGGAGACGAUGGAGGAGGAGGAGGAGGAGCAGCAGGAGGAGGAGGAGCAGCAGGAGGAGGAGGGGAGCUGCAGAGCUGCCCCCUGUGCCUGCUGGUGUUCCCUGUUGGGUUCACCCAGAUGGACUGUGACGGCCACCUGGCCCAGUGUCUGUCGGAGGUGAAUGUGGACGUGACCUGGUGAGCCGACAGGACGCUGGCUGCGGUCCAGGAGCUACGAGCAGCCCAGAUGCCCUGCACGCUCCAGGAUCACAUCGAAUGGAGGAGGACACACCCAGAGAGCAGCUCGUACAGAGAGCACUCUCUAUUCGCCGAGGUACUGACACCUUACACAGGCCGUGCGCUGACAGAGGGACUCCUGGACACACUGGCUUAAACCAGGAUGUUCACCUCUUUGGAGAAAAAACACGCAAGUUGGGAAGAACGUUCCUGCCAUGGAAGGGGGUUCGUUUUGAGAAUUUUACACCAGGGGUCCUUUGAAAGCUCUGCUCACAAUAACUCUGAUGACUCCCCUCAGAGGACCUGCUGUCAUAUUUCAGUUGGCCCUCUUUAGACACUAGACCCUGAAUUUGGCUCUCCUCGAGCCUGUCCACUUUGAUUCCAGCUGGUCGAGAGGAUCUCCAAACUAAACUGGCAAUCCAGCCUGCCUCGUCCUCCGAGAGACCAAAAUGGAACCGGGCCACGUCCUCCUCACAAAGCUGCUUUCACAAAAAUAUAUGAGACCGGUCGAUGGAGGCAGGUUUUCCCUUAGACUGGUCAGAUGUGAAUUAGACAGCUGCACAGAAACAACAACUGACUAAAAAGUUCCACUCGGUUAUCAUGAUGAUAUGAUCACAUCGUUUCAUUCAAUUCUGUUUUGAAUGAAUGAUUGCAAGCUAAAAUGAAUCAUUGAAGUUUUUGUUUCACAUGUGAAGGCAUUGCGUCUCAUGUAAUGUCAAACAGUGGAACAUUCACUGCAUUAAAAUAUAUAUGAU